CGCAAAUUCGUUACAAGAUGGCUUCAGAUGCACAGUCAAUUAGCUCUCUAGAGCAGGAAGACGACAUCAUGUCCUGCGGUGAGAAUGAGUAUGAAAUUGACCAGCACAAAUUUCUCAGACAUUGGAAAUACUGCAUCCGUUCGGAUUUCGCUUCCCUGUCUGGUGUACCGGCGACUUGGGAGGAUGGCCAUCCAAAACACUGGGGACAAGAGGAAGCGAAAAUCUUCCUGGAUGGGGAGGCGACCACCCCUGCUAUAAGUCCAGACAACCAGCUGGUCGCCGUUGGAAUUGCAAAUGACAUUCAUGUAUUCCGUGUGGACACUAAGGAGCGGAUCGAUGUGUUGCGUGGACAUCCUGGAGAGGUAAUUACUCUCGCCUUUGCACCUUCCCUAGAUGGAGGUUCUAUCGACCAGCCAGAUGCGCCACAGUAUUUAUUAUCCUCACAGAGCGAAGAUGAAGGUGGAGUUCAUGGCUAUGUCAUAGUGUGGGAGCUUGCUCAGAACGGCAAGAAGAUGUCUCCCCCGAAAAAGGAAGAGGAACAACCAAACUUCGCUGCAUACCACGACGAAACCGGCUCCAUGCAUUGUUUUCCAGGCGAUUUGGGUUCAUUUGGAAGCCAAGCUUUCAGCCCCGACGGUAAAACCAUGGUUUAUGUUGUCCAAAAUAUGACAAGCGACUAUUACACUGGCCAAUGCCGAUAUUCCCCCUGUGUCACCCUCUGGGAUGUGAAUACCAGCCCAGAUAGCACCCUUGCUGCUUCUAUAUCAUGGGACGGCACAGCACGGAUUUGGGAUGUUCUAUCCGGCAGAUCAAUUCAUAUUAUCGGACCCUUGGGCGGCCAGCUUUGGUGUGGUGCCUUCUCGCCAGACUCUAAAUUUUUGGCUGUCAGCCGAGGCGGCGAAAACCUCAUUCACAUUUACAAUAUCACCACGGCGCAGCAGGUCUCACUUAUCGAGUUACCUACAUGGUGUCGCUCCAUGUCCUGGAGUCCGGAUGGCAGCUUUUUAGCCGGCGGGCUUGAGAUCGGUGCACUCUGCCUGUGGGACCCGUACACGGGGAUAGAAAAACAGCGGUGGUCUCUGAAAUUCGAUGAUUUCAUGAUGCAAGAAUUUGCGACGAUUGCGGGUGCGCAAUUUGUCGGUGACAGAUUGAUUUUUCGGAUACUUGAGGGAACGGUUGAGGUAUAUGAUUUAGAUACGAACCUCAAAAAGCAAUUUACUCGGGGACCGGAUGAUAAGAUUAGCAGAUGUCCUCGCGGAGAAAUGGCUUGCUCGAGCGAUUUCAAGAUUCUCAUCGUUCCCGAUGUUCACCGAACCUUACGUUUCUGGACGCUGUAG